ACACGCAUGGACUCUUUCAAACAAGCACCCCCGCGAAGGGGUAGUUCAUGCCAGGCCUCAACCCUUUCCCCAGAGACCUGCAGCCGCUCCCACCUCCGUUCCCCACACAGGAAAAGUCUGGGUGAGGCUGGGAGCGGCACGGUGAUGAGUCAGGGCCCAAGAGCCAAGGGGGCACAAAGGUCCAGAGGGCGGGGCUUUGCAGAAUUCUUGAGGUGGGCAGGUCGUAGGUCCCACCCCACCCCCGCCCCGGGCACUACCUAAGCCUUCGGACCCUCCAGAGUCAUCAUCGCCAUGGAGUUCGACCUGGCUGCAGCCGUGGGCCAUGGCUCUAAGAAGCCAGAGGGAGGUCAAGCGGGACACCCCAAGCACUGUCCUCUGAAAGCCCCGGGCCGGCCAGAGGCAGGCGCUGCUCACAAGCCAAAGCAUGGACCCGGCAGCUCCUCAGACUCCAGCAGCAGCAGCUCCAGCGACUCAGAGGCGGAGGGAAAGCACGCCGCUGGCUGCAAGAAGCACGAAGGCUCCUCGGACAAGGCCAAGAAACCCAAGGUGAAGAAGGAGAAGAAAAAGAAGGAGAAGAAGCCCCCCCACUGACUCAUUAAAGCUUGCAGCCCGCCCCGCUCCCCAGCACCCCCUGCCGGUCAGGAGCGGAGGCCAGGCUGAACCCAUCA